GUGUAUCGCAGGUAUCUAAGCCACUCCCCCUUUAGCGCAGUCUCUGGAGUCAUCUCGUCAAUUAAAAGGAUGAGCUCCUCGUGAUCUUAACUUAAACGUAUUUUUGCGGGGUAAAAAGGGGAGAAAAACAUGUCGGGCAGCUCGGUGCCCGGAGGCACCAGAGGCAGCAGCAGCUUCCUGUCCAGCCAGGCCGCGUUUUGGCUCGCGUGGUUCUCCACCUGCUUCACUCACGACGCGGACAAACUGUGCGCACCUGCCGGCCUCACGUUGCUGUCUGCGUUGCUCCUGCUACUGUCGUGUUUUCUGGUUUUGUAUCUGAGGUGCCAGUUUCCAGGGGAGUAUUCAGGAGAGACCCUCCUGGUUCUCUACUGCUUCCUUGGUGACCUGUGCAGCGCGAUGGGAGCCAUAAUGUCCAGGCAGCUGCACAUUCAGGUUUUCAUGGGCUCUUUUGCAGCUGUUCUGGAUGCUUUCAGCUGCGUUUUGUGCUGCUUUCCUGUAUUCCUGUGUUGGAACUCAGAAGCACACAGGCGCUUGAGGAUGGCGAAGAGGCGCCGGAGGCAGCAUCUUCUGGCCGUUGGGGUGCUGAUGGUGGUGGCAGGAGGUUUUUUGAAGUCCAGGGUCACUGAGCCUCCCUCAUUCAGAUCUGUCAGAGGAAGGAAGCUGCUGCAUUCUGGUCUGCAGCCUCCCAGCUGGAGUCUGUUAAUGGACAACAGUGAAAUCCUUGGCUACACUCUGGGCCUUCUGUCCUUCGUCAUCGCCUGUACCUCCAGGUUUCCCGCGCUCUGCAGAGCAACCAAAGGUCAGAAGUUUACCCGAUCCUACAUUUUCUCGAGGCUACUGUGCUCGGUGUCAGGCGCUCUCUACACUGCAGCCAUCCUCCUCUAUAACACUCAGUUUGGGUUUCUCCUGAGAGUCCUACCAUGGCUUCUGUCUGCAACUAGUUGUGUACUUUUGGACCUCAUUAUUUUGGUCAUCUACAGUUGUAAGAGAGCAACAAGGCAGCGGCGGAUGAAGUUUGGUCCGGACAUGGAAAGUCUUUUAGGUGGUUCGGGCAUCAGUGCAGAGCAUACCGGGGUCUCAAAUCAACAGAAGAAACCGAGUUCCAACAUCUCUGAUCAAACAAAGGUCUUUACUAAUGUCUUGGAUUGCAUUCGCCAGUAUUCAACUUUUCCUGUAAAAAUGAAAAAUAUUCAGAAGAGGACCGAGAUGGGUCAGUAUAUGGACGUCCGUAUUCACCCUGCAAAACAAAUCUCUCUUAAAGAAGCGAUGAUGGGCAAGGAGAGGGUGGAGGGCGGAGCUCUGUGCAGCAGGGUCCGCCUGGUCAGAGCUGGCAGCCUCUGCUCCUCAGAUACGUCCUAUGACUCCUCCGCUGACAGCUCUGAUCUGGAGUGGGAUUUUGGAGCAGCAAUUUCCCAGUGGAGUAAACCAGCAGUGAAACUCCAGCAGGGAGACGAGUUCCCCCUUCAAGACUGGCCAGCAAACCCCAAACCCCUCAGCAUCUGCACGUGCGCCGAACCCCCAAAGAAAACACUGUGUGCGUCAGAGGAGUGCAGCCCUGCUGUAAUCUGAACAAGCACUUGUGCAAUCAUUUGAGAAUGAAUAAACGGCAAACAUUGA